GCAUUCUGGGAUACUACUUCCGUAAUCAUUUUCUUAUCGGCUAUCAACGGGAGCAGACGGAAAGUUACAUCGCUCUGUCUUUGAAUUAUAUUUUAAAUAAAACACUUGAACAUUUUAAACAAAGAAUCGUUUAUGUGGAAAAUUAAGUUUCAGCAAUGCCACCAACAAUCGGAGAAGAUGCAAGCGUUUCUCAUGGAGCCUCAGACAUUGGAGCAGAGAUUUCUGCUACCCUGGAAGAAAGGAUCAUGAUAUUUGAUGGAGCUAUGGGGACAAUGAUACAGAAAAACAGACUGGAAGAGGAGGAUUUCAGGGGAGAGCUCUUUAAAGACCAUCCCAAAAACUUAAAAGGCAACAAUGACCUCCUUAGCCUUACUAGACCAGAUGUUAUUAUGAAGAUUCACAAGGAGUAUCUAGAAGCAGGAGCUGACUUUGUAGAAACCAACACAUUCAGUGGGACCUGGGUAGCCCAAGCUGACUAUGGACUGGAGCAUUUGGCAUACAGGAUAAAUCUUGAGUCUGCCAAGCUUGCACGCAGAGCUGCAGAUGAAGUGACAGCUCAGACAGGUGUCCGUAGAUAUGUGGCUGGAGCUUUAGGACCAACCAAUAGAACAUUAUCCAUAUCUCCUUCUGUUGAAAAACCAGAGUACAGGAACAUAACCUUUGAUGAGUUGGUGACAGCGUACACAGAGCAAGCCAAGGGGUUACUGGACGGGGGCGCUGAUGUCCUUUUAGUUGAAACAAUAUUUGACACUGCAAAUUCUAAGGCAGCUUUGUUUGCAAUUGAGACAUUGUUUGAAAAAGACUACAAACCUGUUCCUAUAUUUAUAUCUGGCACCAUAGUUGACAAGAGUGGAAGGACGCUGUCAGGACAGACAACGGAGGCAUUUGUCAUUAGUGUGUCCCACUCUAAUCCUAUGUGUUUGGGUUUGAACUGUGCCCUGGGUGCCAGUGAGAUGCGGCCGUUCAUUGAGUCCAUAGGUAAAAACACCACGGCCUAUGUGUUAUGUUAUCCUAAUGCUGGACUGCCCAAUACAUUUGGUGAAUAUGAUGAGACCCCAGAGCUCAUGGCGGAAAAACUGGGAUCUUUUGCCAGGGACGGGUUGGUGAACAUUAUUGGAGGAUGUUGUGGAACUACUCCAGAUCACAUAAGGGUGAUAAAAGAAGCUGUCCAGAAAUAUCCUCCAAGGAAGCGACCAACUGUUUUACGCGAAGGCUACACAUUACUAUCAGGUUUAGAGCCCAUGCUCAUAGGUCCUCACACUAACUUUGUGAAUAUUGGGGAGAGGUGCAAUGUCGCUGGAUCGAGGAAAUUCUGCAAGCUGAUCAAAGAUAAUCAAUAUGAGGAAGCCUUGUCCAUAGCCAAGCUCCAGGUAGAGAAUGGUGCUCAGGUACUGGAUAUCAAUAUGGAUGAAGGCAUGUUAGAUGGAGUGGCUGCCAUGUCAAAGUUUGUCAACUUUAUCUCUUCAGAACCUGACAUAUCAAAGGUACCAUUGUGCAUAGAUUCCUCAAACUUUGCAGUAAUUGAAGCUGGACUGAAAUGUACCCAGGGCAAGUGUAUUGUUAACAGUAUCAGUUUGAAGGAAGGUGAAGAGGACUUUAUACAGAAAGCUAAGGUCAUUAAAAAGCAUGGAGCUGCAGUGGUAGUGAUGGCAUUUGAUGAGGAGGGACAGGCAACAGACACAGAGAGGAAGAUAGCUAUCUGUCAGAGAUCCUAUGAUAUUCUGGUGAAGAAGGUUGGCUUCUAUCCGUAUGAUAUCAUAUUUGACCCCAAUAUUCUCACCAUUGCCACUGGGAUAGAGGAACACAAUCCAUAUGGGAUUUCUUUUAUUGAAGCUACAAGGGCCAUCAAGGAACGUUUACCAGGAGCACGUGUGAGUGGUGGUGUGUCCAACUUCAGCUUCUCAUUCCGCGGCAUGGACGCUGUGAGAGAGGCUAUGCAUAGUGUGUUCCUGUACCACGCCAUUAAGGCUGGUAUGGACAUGGGGAUAGUGAAUGCUGGCUGUCUACCUGUGUAUGAUGACAUCAAGAAAGAACUUUUGGAACUUUGUGAAAACUUGCUGUGGAACAAAGACCCUGAGGGCACGGAGAAACUCCUCACAUACGCACAGAGUCUUGGAAAAGAUGCUAAGAAGAUUACAGAGAGUGAAGAGUGGAGAAAAAACACUGUGGAAGAAAGACUAGCUUAUGGUUUAAUCAAGGGCAUAGACAAAUAUGUUGUUGAGGACACAGAAGAAGCAAGAGCAAACAAGGCUCUAUACCCAAGGACAUUGAAUGUUAUAGAAGGACCAUUAAUGGCAGGCAUGGGCACUGUUGGAGACCUGUUUGGAGCAGGGAAGAUGUUCCUCCCUCAAGUGAUAAAGUCGGCCAGGGUGAUGAAGAAAGCUGUCGGCUACUUGAUACCUUUUAUGGAGAAGGAAAAAGAAGAAAAGAUGAAAGAGACUGGAAUAAAGGAUUUGAGUGAUGCCUAUAAUGGCACUGUUGUUCUUGCCACUGUCAAGGGAGACGUCCAUGAUAUUGGGAAGAAUAUUGUUGGAGUAGUACUUGGCUGCAAUAAUUUCAAGGUGAUUGACCUGGGUGUGAUGACCCCCUGUGAGAAGAUAUUAGACACAGCCACACAGGAGAAGGCUGACAUUAUUGGUCUGUCUGGUUUGAUUACUCCAUCUCUGGAUGAAAUGAUCCAUGUGGCCAAAGAAAUGGAAAGGAGAGACAUGAAAACCCCUCUGCUGAUAGGUGGAGCCACCACAUCAAAACAACACACAGCUGUGAAGAUCAGUCCCAGAUAUUCUUCUCCUGUCAUCCAUGUUUUAGAUGCAUCCAAGAGCGUCGUAGUGUGUUCUAACCUGCUUGAUAAGACAGAAAACUAUGCAGACUACAUUGAAGAAAUAGCUGAAGAAUAUGAAGAAAUCAGAGAGGAACACUACGAAUCCCUGAAGGAAAGAAAGUAUCUGUCAUUAGAAAAAGCAAGACAGAAGUCUUUGAAAAUAGACUGGUCAAUGGAGCCAGCUCCAGUUGCCCCAACAUUCCUUGGAGUGAAGACAUUUGAGGAGUACGAUUUGUCUGCUCUGAUUCCAUACAUUGACUGGAAACCUUUCUUUGAUGUGUGGCAGCUGAGGGGAAAAUACCCAAAUCGUGGCUUUCCUAAAAUCUUCAAUGACCCAACUGUUGGUGAGGAAGCCAAAAAACUGUACAACGAGGCCCAGGCCAUGUUAAAGAAGAUCACUGACAACAAAUUGUUAACAGCUAGAGGAGUGGUAGCAUUCUACAAGGCUAACAGUAUAGGGGAUGAUAUAGAGCUUUAUGAUGACACAGGGGCAUACCUUAACACACUGUAUGGGUUGAGACAACAGGCAGAGAAGGAGCCAGGUGUUGAGGAUCCAUACCUGUGUAUCUCAGACUUUGUGGCACCCAAGGAGACCAGUAUCAGGGACUACAUUGGGAUGUUUGCUGUCAGCUGUUUUGGAGUGGACAAGAUGUGCAAUGAGUUUGAGAGGCAGCUGGACGACUACAGUAUCAUCAUGGUGAAGGCCCUGGCUGACAGACUGGCCGAGGCCUUCGCGGAGGAAAUGCACGAAAGAGUGAGGAAGGAAUACUGGGGCUACUGUACUCAGGAAACUUUGGGGGCACAGGAUCUGCAUAGGAUUAAGUAUGAGGGUAUCAGGCCAGCCCCGGGGUACCCCAGCCAGCCUGACCACACUGAGAAAAUAACCAUGUGGAAACUGAUGAAGCCAGAUAGACUGGGGAUAAAGUUAACAGAAUCCCUGGCCAUGGAGCCUGCUGCCUCCGUGUCUGGCCUCUACUUUGCCAACCCAAAGUCCUACUACUUUGCUGUGGGGAAGAUUAACAAGGAUCAGGUUGAGGAUUAUGCAGGAAGGAAGAAGGAAGAUGUUGCCACCAUUGAGAAGUGGCUAGGACCAUGUCUAGCUUAUAGUACAGAUUAGACAUGCAUCCCAUGAACAGAGCACAUUUAAGAUGUUGGGGAGAUUCUGUGUUUGGAGAUGAAAAUUAUUUAACAUUUUAAAAAAUGAUAUGCUGUUGGUGAUAUGGUAUCAGUUUUAAUGGACAUUGGAUAAGCAUCUUCAGAUUUUCAGAACAUGGCAUGAGUUCUAGAGAAUUUACUGUAUAUAUAUAUAUAGCAUACAUGGCGUAUAUAUUUAAGGGUAAAAAGGGAAACAUACUCAGGAAGUCUUGAUGACAACACAUGCCUUUAAGUAAUUUGAAAAUUAAUUUAAAAUUAAACCAACCUAUGUGCAAAUGCUGAUUACAAAAUUGCUUUUGGAGUGAAAGUAUGAUUUCUGAAAAUGAUUUAUACAUCAGCCCUUUAGUGAGUUAUUAUGCCUUAGUAGAAUUGUCUCAUCAAUCAAAUAAACACAUUAGAUUAGAAAAAAAGAGAUGAAAAAGCAUUCUAAUUAGUGGUUUGUUUUGUAUUUCAAAUUAAUGUAAUAUAUUAGAGCUUUAGGGAAGAUCUGGGUUAAAAUUGAUAGUUUUGCAUCAGCAAUAUUUGUUGCAUACUCAAUUUCUUAAGUUUCAGAGUUUGUGUCCAGAGCAAAUGGUGAAAUGGGCCACUUGCUUCUUGAACUGUACAUUCAUAUAAAGAUAAAACUUAAAACUGCCAAAGUUUUCAUUAAGUUUUGUUAAAUAAUUCAAGUACAUUAUUCUCCAUAAUUUGAUUCUUUGUGGUUGAUUUUUGUUAGUGCAACAUUGUUUUAUUUUCAGCAGAAAGCAUUUGACCAACAAUUAUUUUUUAUGGCAUGGUUUUGUCAUUUUGCUUAUUGAUAAUUUCACGUAAUUUAUUAACACUGCUUAUAUUAAUCUUUUUUUUAUUGUUAGCAUAUGUUAUACAGUCAGGUGGAAAUUCAUUCAUAAAUGGACUUUUCAUUUAUGUUUCACGAAAUAUCAUUCAUUUGAAGAGAUUUGUCUAUCCAAUAGGCAGACUUUUUUGCGCAUAAUAUAUUUUUUGCUUAAAUUUAUUGUAGACUGUUAUCAACAUAUAAUGUUUGGAAAUAUGAUUCUUUAACUGUAUAAAUUUCUAUGAUAAAAAAUUUUCACUUAAUUACAAAUGUUUGAUAGGGUAUAAGAUCGGGUGACUUGGAGAAUAUACUACAUGUUAUAAUAUGAUUUUUACUUUUACUACCAUCUUUCAGCUGGCUUGAAUUGAUUUUAAAGACUAUAUUUAGUCAUCUUUUUAAGUAAUUGUUCUAGUGCUGAGUUCUAGUAUUGGAUCAUAAUGGAUAAUACAUUUUGUGAAGUUAAUUUUAAACUGUACUCUUUAUUGUCAGGUUCACAGUGCAAAAUGUUAUAUAAAUGUGCUGUGAUGGACUGCUUUAGCUGAGUGGCUUUUAAUGCCUGGGUGAUAUGAAUGCAUUAGAAGAAACCAGGAGACUUCAGGCAUGUUUCCAUUGAAGAUAGGCCAACCUAGCUUAUAUCUACCAUUUGCUAAUGAGUAGCUCAGCAUGGGAAACCACUGUACAUGUAACAGCUUGUGACAAGUUUUUGUUUCUGAUGUUAUCCAGUGGUUAAAAAAUGACUGCUUUCUUCAGGACAACUGUCCAUAGGUUAACAAUUCUAUACGGUAGAUAGUGUCAUCCAUAAGACUGAAACCUGACCCAGUAAUUUAGGUGACUUGAGGCACGUUUUCAUUGAAGAUAGGUUAACCUGGUUUACGUCUACCAUUUGUUUUAGAGUGCUCACCAGGAAACCUCUGUACAUGUAACAGCUUGUAACAAGUUCCAGUUUUAGUGGAUGAAUCAACAGCAGGAUCAGCACUGUGCUUUACGUGAUGUUGUUAGUUUGUUAUGUGAAUUUGGAGUAAUACUAACAUGAUCUGUGCCAAGACAGGUUUUACUUACGUCCUCUAGAAACAAUGGUAUGUCUCUCCACACAGAGAUGGAAAUGACUGGUUUGUAUAGAAAUGCCAGAUGGUAUUUAACACCCCAUUUCCAUAGAUUAGAUCGACCUACUUUAGAUCAACCUAACUCCCUGGGGGUUCACG